UAUAGUCGAAUCCUCGUAGUGAAUGCAAUAAUGAUAAGAAAACUAAUAGAAGGGGACCAGCAGCAGGAGCAUAACAUAACCUAGUUUUUAGUUGCACAUCCGUCCCAAAAUUCCAGUGAGAAGAUUCAGAGCAGGAAAAAAAGUAGAAAGAAGAAUCUUCAACAAAGCGUUCCAUUCAUCUCAUUCACACGGAAGUGAAUGCAUAAAAGGUAGUAAAUAAUACAGUCUCGUCACUUCCGGUCCCACAGCAGCUUUAACGAAAGUCCAUCUCAUCUCGUCAUGUGAAGUUAAAAAAAGUGUAGAAUCUCGUCAAAUAUAAUUUAUGUACGUCGAUGCCAUAUUCAGUUAGAAAAAAAUCUCAUUUUUUACUGAUCACGCAACGACCGACAUGUGGUGAGGAAUACAGAUAAAUACGUACGUGACUGGUUUUAUAGCUUGUAAUUGAUAUUACUGCGGGCUGAACAAGAGAUAAUUUUUUUGAUGACGUAGACAAGUGAUUAUUGGAAUUCUAUCGUCUCCCAUGCUAAUACAGACAAUUAGUUAAUUUUGCUUUGUGCGACAAACAACGCAGUAUUAUUCAGCUUACUGGUAGCAAAAGAAGUGAAGAAUAAAUUCUGAAAAAUAAUAAUUUUUGCUAUUCUAUCAACCCGAAUCAUUUAAUUUGAGUGACCAAGUCACAAAUCGAAAUUAUACGUGCCAGCCAAUUACAUAAACUUUCUGAAAGGCCGUGAAAUAAGUGCAAUACAACAUUUUCUCCAAUUACCAGAGUGAAUUCAGCAUAAUUUGAUACAAUCAAAUUUGAUUUAUACAUAGAGAUCAAACUUUUGCAAAAAAACUGACUUUUGUCACGCAAUUAUAAUUCUACUUAAUUGCUUGCGUCACUGGCUGGACAUCACAUUUCGCGUGUGAAUGACAAAUUCUAUGCAUUUUUGAGCAGUCAAUUACAUCCAAAAGUAUUACAACUGCCCUUGACUGGAUAAUAAUCUUAUCUUAUGAUAUAGUCAUUCACCUCCUGCCCCUGCUGCUUAUCAGUCGUCUCGUCUCACGUUGAACCUAAUCUCAAAUCCACUGGCUAACAUAAUAUCCGUUAACCCUGUCUCAAGUUAACUUCGAGUGAAUUAUAAAGGUCACAAAAUAUGCCUAUGAGGAGACCAAUCAAUUAAGCCGUUUAUUAUUAAAUCAUCUAAUAAAUUAACAAAGUCAACUCUCUCUCCCAGCAAAACUAACCAAAUCGAUUUCAUCCACGUACUUCUACACAUAUUAUUCAAUAUUCUUACUCGGCGAACGGUACAGUUUUGUGUACUAAUCGAUAAACGGAAUAUAACUCAUCGUCUCCGACUUUGGACUAAAUAUUCUCGUUCGACGAGUCUGAUACGACGCAAGAUUCAAGUUGAACGUCAAAAGAUUCCAGGAACGUGGAAUAACUAGAAUUUUUCGUCGUCAUCCUGCCUACGUGACUCGGCAAAUCGGAAAAUUAUUAUUAUCAACCUUAUCAACCUCUCCCCAAGUUAAAUAAAUUCAAAUUAAAUACACAAUUUCGGGACUCAUCCUUUAAAACAAAAGUGAUCAAAUAAUAUUAUUGCCGUGUUCGUUCGUCGUCGCUGGUCAAUAAAUAAGAGAAACCGGACAGAGAAUAAUAUUCAUUCGCCAAACUAAAUAAAUAACGAGGAUCGCCACAAAACCGCAGAAAAUUAUUACAAAUAUAACAUCAUCCACGCCCAAAUAAAUAUUAAGGAGGAUAAGUAAAUAGCUUCGAUAUUUACUCUAACUUUGGCCUGGUCUGAUUAAUAAUACAUCAUCAUCAUCCUUCGCGAACAAACAAGUGUGGCUGGCAGCAGUGUUAAAAAAUCAAUAGCUCAAUGCAAACAUAACAGAACAAUUUUAAUGAGUCAUUUAUUAUAAGUUAUAAUUUAUAACCUUCUGCUACUCUGUUCUGCUCAUGAAAAUAAAGCGGAUUCCUUUCGGUACUCGACCCGUCAUUAUUAAGCUGUCGUGUGUGCGGAUCCAUUCAUUAGGAAAAAAUAGGGAUCGAUAAGUCGUAAAAACGCAAGUUUAUGUCUUGUCCCUGGUUAAAAAAUCACAAUAAUUGAUUGACAGCCGCGUUGUGAAUUGUUCCAUUCGAGUUUGAGUCAGUUUUGUACUGCAUUAUGCAACACGACCUUUGAGACCAAGAACAAUUAAAUAUAAUUCGUUUCGUAUACACACGCUGAAGGUUUCGUUUUUUUAAAUCCAAACACAAAACAAAUACCGGAGAAGAAAACCAUGAAUGUGACGGAAGCCAUCAUAAAUUCUACGAUCGGCACGACCACCACCCCCGCCGCUGGGGGGACGCACUACGUUGGACUGAAAUUUGGGGAGGAUGGGGUCCGCCAACCCCCCUCAGUCAUCGCGUCGAGCAACGUGAUCAUCAUGGUUGUGGGGUUGUCCCUCCUCAUCGUCCCGAUUGUGGGCUUCCUCGUCUGCAUGAUUGCCAAAAGUAGAGUUCUCAAAAAUCUGAGGGGUAUGAAGUUCACGUCCGACGUGUGUUCUGCUGGGGGAGGCGGGGCCGGUGGUGAAGGGGACAGUGGACUUCCGUACUCUCAGUUUGAGUCUGAACCGGAAGACGACUAUGAGACGUCCACCCCCACGGGGAACAAGAAAAAAAAGAGAUCCACAGUUGUCGACCCACAGCAAAACAAGGACGUCCGCGUCCUCAUCCACAAUGACAACACGUUCGUGGGAUCUCCGACCAAAAAAAACGGUAACUCGCAGCAGGAUGCUGCUCUCCUGAGGAGAAAACUACCCGCGUCGUCGAACCUGACAGGGUCCUCGGUCACAGUACCCUUGAAUGACGACACUUUCGCCACUCUGGACGUAGAUGCGACGUUCAUCAUAAACGCCAAUCGAGUCGAAGACAGUCAUCAAAAUUACGUUCAUCAAGAACAACCAAGCACAUCUCAUCAGUACACAUGAAUAUUUUUGUGAUUUUUUUUUAAACUCGGAGGAAUCUCGUUGACCUCGACACAAAAAGUGACUGCACUUAAUUAUUUAUUAUGACGAGGACUUAUCGCGAAUAAGUAUAUUUGAGAGGCGCUAAUGAUAACAAAUUAAAGUAUGUAGCAAGAUAAGAUAUUUAACACUUUCCUGAAUGAAACUAACGGUAUUCUAAAUUUGCAACGUACAAUUUUCCUCUCGGACUGAUCGACCUCGACUGACAAAGACGCGAUGUAUGCAUGUAAAGUGAAGGCGAUAUGAUAUCUCAAAUCUCAACUCAAUCAUUUAGUAUACAAAAUGUUAUUCUAUUUAUUAAUCAUGUUAAUUAAAAUGUAAAUACGUUCAGUCAUGAAUUUUCUUUCCCGGUGGUGUCGUUCGUUAUAGAAUGUGUUAAUUAGCAAGUUAUUAAUAUCACUCGUUUACUUCUUGUCAAACAAAUGCAAAGUUCCCCUUCUAAAUAUUUACCGAUAUUUUUGUAAAAUGGUUACACUUUUACAGUUGAAAAGUCUUAAUUUUCGAGUAAACUCUGACAGUGAGGUUGCAGAGCAUGGUUAAAGACUGAUAAGUGGUUGGACAGAGAAAGGGUGUGCAUUUUUGUAUGAAAACAACCGUCCUGAUAAGUAUGGUCCUGACUUUAUGAGUAUUUUGUUGUUCAUCAUUUCCACUAAUGUUUAAUUGGUCAAUGAAAUAAAUUAAUUGCUAAAACCUAAA